AUGGCUCUCGCUUCUCUUUUCUUCUUCUUUCUCUUCUUCCUCUCAGCGGAGGGGAGAGAUUUUUCCGAGCAAUCGGGAAGAAGUGAGAAUUUCUAUUUAGAGAGAGAAGAUGGAUAGGGAUUUUUCAGUGGAGGAGAUGUCAGGUCCCUUUUGGCCGCCGUCUCCGGUGGGCAUAAAUCGGAGUCCGUCAGAGUGGGAAUUUGAGAAGUUUUUGGAAGAGGUGGCAGUCCAGAAAACCUCGUCAACCUCUGUUCCGAUCGAUCCGAGCCCAGAUUCCUAUCAGAGGCCUCACCCUAAUCGGGAUCCGAAAUCUAGUCCGAUCUGCAAUGAGUCGGCAUCUUCCUUCGGUUCUUCGUCGGUUAGGAAGGGCGAAGGAAGAGUGGCGCGAGGAGAAGAUGAGGUGGUUGAGAUUAAGGGAUCUCGUCCUUCGGUUGCUGCGCAGUCUUUGCAAAGUGAUCCGUCGGCUAAUCCUGAUCCAGAAGAGUAUGCAGCUUAUCUGAAGCAAAAGCUUGAUAUGUACUGUGCCGCUGUUGCGAAAUCACGGGGUUCUGGCAUAAUGCUGCAGGAUUCUUCUUUAGCUGACAACAUGCCACACUUGUCAGAUUCUUUACCAGUGGGAUCUGAAGCUCUAGUUAAAGGUAUUGGGACAGUAGUAGUUCCAGCCAUGCCCCUUAAGCAGAAUUCAGGUUUUUCUCAGGCUAGAACGGGAACUAGUGGAUCUUCAAGAGAGCAGUCUGAUGAUGAUGAGUUUGAUGGGGAAGCAGAGACAGCUGAAAAUAUGGACCCUUCUGAUGCAAAGCGUUUUAGGAGGAUGCUUUCAAAUCGGGAGUCUGCCAGGCGCUCUAGAAGAAGAAAACAAGCGCAUUUAAGUGAGCUUGAGACACAGGUUUCACAAUUAAGAGUUGAAAACUCAACGUUGAUGAAGCGUCUCACUGAUGUAAACCAGAAGUACAAUGAGGCUGCUGUGGACAAUAGAAUCCUUAAAGCAGAUGUUGAGACCUUGAGAGCUAAGGUAACACACAUGCGAUUCAUGAUAGUACACUGAGCUUCUUUACUUUGC